CUCGGGGCGGCGGCGCCCGCCGCCGGGCAUGGCCGUGCCAGCCGCGCUGCUCAGCCCCCACCACCUCCUCUCCUUCUGCUUCCCCGCCGCCGGUGGCCUCCUGGGCUAUGCCGACCUGGAGAAGGGCUACGAGGGCGGCGGCGGGGGCGACGCGGGGGACUUUAAAGAAGCCACCAGGGACCUGCUGAGCUUCAUCGACUCGGCCUCCAGCAACAUCAAGCUGGCUCUGGACAAGCCGGUGAAGUCCAAGCGGAAGGUGAACCACAGGAAGUACCUGCAGAAGCAGAUCAAGCGCUGCACCGGCAUCAUCGCCGCCGCCUCCUCCUCCUCCUCCUCCUCCCCGCCGCCCGCUCCGCCGCCGCCCGCCGCCGCCUCCUCCCCGCCCGCCGCCUGCCCCGCCAAGCCCCCGCCGCGCCGGGAGGCCUCGCAGGCGGCCAGCAGCCUCCAGAGCAAGAGCCUGGCCGCCCUCUUCGGCUCCCUGCAGCGGGGCCGGGGGCCGGGGGGGGGCGGCGAGGCGGCGGGCGGCGGGGCCGGGAGCGGCGGGGCCGCGGCGGGCGGCCCGAGGAAGGUGCCGCUGCGGGACCGCAACCUGCCGCCCUCCUUCUUCACCGAGCCCGCGCUGCCCUCCGCCGCGGGCCGAGGGCCUCCUCCGCCGGGAGCCAAGGAGCUGGAGAAGGGCAGCGGCGGGGCGGAGGCGGCCGAGUUCUUCGAGCUGCUGGCUCCGGAGUACGGCGCGUUGCUGCCCGAGCAUCCCGCCCCGCCCGACGCCUUCCCCGGCGCCGCCCGCCUGCCCGCCGAGCUGGGCUUGGAGCAGCACGGCCUGUACGAGGCGCCGGUGCCGCUGCCCGCCGCCCACCACCCGCUGCUGGGCGGGCUGCUCUACCCCGAGCCGCCCUGGAGCCCGGCCGGGCCCUGCAGCCCGCCCAAGAAGCCGCCGUCCGAGGGGCUGCGGCCGCUCUAUCCCGGCGGCGGGGAACCGGGCGGCGGCGGCAGCGAGGAGCCCGGCGGGGAGCUCCCGGCGGGGUUCGCCCCCUUCUUCCCCGACUGCCCGCUGCCGCCGCCCCAGGUGCCCUACGACUACAGCGCCGGCUUCCAGCGCACCGCCUACCCCGGCCUGUAGCGCCGCUCCGGGGGGCUCGGCCCCCAGCCCGCCCGCCUGGGACCGUGAGAUGGGGAGGAGGGGUGGGGGGGGAGGAGAGCCCACCCGCGGGGACCCGGCAUCGGACACUGGGCGCGGGGGAGGUAGGGACCCCCCCCCCCCCGCCUCCGCCCGCCCGUGGGGCUGGGGGCUCCGCUCAGCCCGGCACCCGUGUCCCCUCCCCGCCCCGAAGCGGCCCCCGCAGCGCUCAGGCUUGUGCUCUGCGAGUCGCCUCUUCCCGCGGCCUGGGAGACGCUGCAAAUAAAAUGUGAAACGUUGGGUUCCUUCAGGUGUUUUUGUAGCGGCCGGUGCCUCCUUCCCCUUCCCCUCCCUCCGGGGUCAGGGUCUGCCCGGCGGGCGGCUCCGUGUCCCCCCCCCCCUCUUACGCGACCCUGCAAACGGGGGCUGCUCUUGGAGGCAGCCGAGACCACUUGUACAUGACUUCAGUCUAGAAGUAAAGCUCGCUCAACUCUUGCAGUGCAGUUGAAAUUUUUCCCAGGACAUUUUCCCAGGAAAUUCUCCUGGAAAUUUUUCCCUCCCAGGCAUCGCAAGUGCUG